AUGGCAGACACGGAUAUUGAAGGAUGUUUUGUCAUCGCGAAUGCUCUCAAAAGUCAAGGAGUCAAAUUCGUCUUUGGUAUCGUCGGCAUACCUGUCAUCGAGGCAUGUGUUUCUCAUAGCAUCAACCCUUCGGAAGUCAUUGCUCAAGCAUGCAUGGCUGUGGGGCUUCGCUACAUUGGAUUCAGAAAUGAACAAUCCGCUAGUUACGCCGCUUCUGCCGUCGGAUUCAUGACAGGUCGCCCAGCUGUCUGUCUUUGCGUGUCAGGUCCUGGGAUGAUUCAUGCUAUUGCCGGAAUGGCAAACGCUCAAGAAAACGCUUGGCCCGUCAUUGUUAUCGGUGGAUCAUCAGAAAUGGCUCAAGAUGCUAUGGGCGCCUUCCAAGAGUUUCCACAAGUUGAAGCUGCUAGACUGUACUCAAAGUACACUGCUCGCCCCGGUAGCAUCAAACAAAUUCCUCACAUUGUCGAAAAGGCAAUUCGUGAGAGCAUGUAUGGUCGUCCUGGCGCCGUUUACAUUGACAUUCCUGCCAAUUAUGUAACUGGAAGAACCGAUGUGAGCAAGGUCAGCUACCCUCCAAUCGCUCCAGGGCCACCAAAGGCUAUGGCCGACCCAGCAAUGAUUGAAAAAGCUGCCAUGGUGCUAGCUAAGGCAAAAAGUCCAUUGGUUAUUGUGGGCAAGGGUGCCGCAGCUGCAUUUGCUGAACAUGAAGUCAAACGACUCAUUGAAGGAACAAAUUUGCCAUUCUUACCCACUCCAAUGGGCAAGGGUGUAGUCGAUGAUGAUCACCCGUUGUGUGUAUCAGCUGCUCGUUCAUCGGCACUGAAGGGAGCCGAUGUCAUAGUGCUUUUGGGUGCCCGAUUAAAUUGGAUUUUGCAUUUUGGUCAGGCCCCGCGUUUCAUGAAGGGCGUGAAGAUUAUCCAUGUUGAUAUUAAGCCUGAGGAGAUGGGAAACAAUGUUUAUGGUGCACAAACCGUACCAUUGUUUGGACACUUGCAAUUGGUUACUCAACAAUUGUCUGAUGCUCUCUUACGUCAUCAAUUCAUGUUUAAGGCUGCUGAACCAUGGUGGAAGGAAAUGAAUCAAAAAUGUCUCGCAAACAAGAACACCACCGCUGCCUUGUUCAAAGACGAAGCACUCCCUAUGUCGUACUAUCGUGUAUAUGCUGUCAUCAAGGAUCUCAUGCCAGAAAACUGCAUGUUUGUGAGUGAAGGUGCCAACACUAUGGAUAUUGGACGUACUAUCAUCUCUCAGCACAAGCCCAGAGCUCGCUUAGAUGCUGGAUCCUUUGGUACUAUGGGAGUUGGUGUUGGAUUUGCUAUUGCUGCUGCCGCCGUAUACCCUGAGAAGCGUACUAUUUGUAUUCAAGGCGAUUCAGCCUUUGGUUUCUCUGGAAUGGAGAUUGAGACCGCUUCUCGAGCCAAGUUGCCAAUUAUUUUUGUUAUCAUCAACAACAAUGGAAUCACCAUGGGAAUGGACGAAGCUACUUUAGCUACAUAUCCUCCUGGCAAACAGUUGCCAAGUACCGUCUUAGGAAUCAACACUAGGUACGACAAGAUGGCCGACGCAUUUGGUGGGAAAGGUUACUACUGCAAUACCCCUAUCGAAGUCGAGAAAGCCUUCAAGGCUGCCUUGGCUGAUACCUCCUGCAUUCAUGUAAUCAAUAUCACCAUCUCGACGAACACGUCUCGAAAGGCUCAAGAAUUCACUUGGUAUGAUGACUGCUUCUUAAUAAGAUUAAUUGGAUCGCAUCUUGAGAUCUGUCAGAGCUGGCAGGAACAGGAAGUUGAAUGCCAGACGUUGAUUGAUCUCAUUGGAGACGGGCUGAAGGGUCAUCAAUUGCAGAUCCCGGUUGGAAAGGCUGCUUUUCUACCGACAACACUCAAACAAGAGUCACGAAUUGUUGUGUCGGUUGGUGAUGAUGUUUAUAUUGAGACUCAGAUCAAGUACGCCAAACCAAUUUUGGCCCGACGAAUGCUUUUUCUUGCUCGGGCUAUUGAAACGAUUCAAGCCAAAAUUGAAGGAUUCGAGUCUUUACGAAACAAGGUACUUCGAGAGCCAUCACCAAAGCCUGUCCCUCGUGCUCCAGUCCCAAUGGUUGGAAAACCCGAAUUCCUGGCACAGAUCGAAGCUGCUACCAAAGCACGAUUCAUUCCUGUUGAUGAAGAAGAGCUCAAGUCGAGGCCUGGACUAGUGUCUGCUGGAAUACAACAAGGAACUAUUGGAGAUGAGACUUUUAUGGAUAUUCAUGAAGAGUACACGGACUGGGCAGACAUAAGAUAUGCUUCUGAUCAAGUUAUAGCUGAAGAGUCCAAACAACAAGCCGCGGAACGUCAGCGUCUACGCCUACACGAUGGUAGAGCUCUGCAAAAAAAACACUUUGAGGAACCUCCCCUCCCCACCGAAUCAGCUCGAUCAAAAGACAAGGAUAAACCGCGCUUAAAGAAACAAGUCUCGUUUUCCGAACUACCAUCUUUAAAUGACUCACCACCUCGAACAAUAGAAAGUGCAAAACCAGAAUCGCCAUUGGCACACGUCAAGUCACCUGCUGAUAUAUACAAACUUAUGAGUAAAUUUGCUUCAUUAUCUACAUCUGUAAAUGAUGCAAAAGGUGUAUUGGUGUCAUCGCCCACUGAAGUCCAAAAACCAGUCCAGGCAUCUGUAGCCUCACCAAAACCAACGAAGCCCAUAAUCAAAAAUGUCAAAAACAGUGUAGUCUCACUAAAGCCAUCAUCACCGUCAUCGUCAUCAUCUAUUGUAACGAAGCAACCACGCAUACCAGCUGCCGAGUUGAUUAUGAAGAAACAGGUACAAGAAGUGGAAUCACCAACACAACCGCCACCUAUGGAGCCCUUUGAUGACGAUAGUCUAGACUAUGAUGUAUCAACAGCAGAUAUAUUAGCUCUAGCACAAGAAAUCAUACCAGCUUCCAUGGUUGGAGGAAUGCCAAAAGGUCGUGGUAAACAGCCUGGUAGUAAUCAAUUAAAAGGCAAUGAUAACGACGAAGCAGAGGAUGAAGAAGAAGAAAUAGACAACGAUGAUUAUGACGAUAGCAAUGAGGAUGACUAUGACGAUUAUGAUGACGAGUAUGAAAAAGAGGACGAACAAUGGUAUGCUCAAGAGAUAACGCAAGGAAUCAAACGAGAACUUGCUGAAUAUGAGGAGGCAUACUUUGAUCAAGUUGUACGUGAAGACCAGGAUUCAGAUGCAGAGGAAUCAGUGGCCUUCCCUCCAGAUUAUAGUCCGCCAUUGACUCAACCUCCCAAACUUAAAUCCACAUAUAUCAAGAGUAAAAAUAACAGUGCUACUCUUUCCAGUGCGAACGGUAAGCUUGAAGCGACUGUGUAUCCCAUGGUGGUGGAACGAACUACCGAACAAAUAGACAGGAAGCCAGAAGACACAGUCUCAACAACAGCACCAGUCUCUCGCUUCAAACAACAAAGGCAAUCACUAAACUCAUAA